AUGUUCUUGACCCGCAGCGAGUAUGAUCGUGGAGUCAACACAUUCUCUCCGGAAGGACGUCUCUUCCAAGUUGAAUACGCCAUCGAGGCCGUGAAAUUGGGAUCUACGAGCAUCGGAAUCAAGACUAGCGAAGGAGUCUUGCUGGCAGCAGAAAAAAGAUCGACGUCGAAAUUGAUGGUGAAUGAUGCUAUCGAGAAAAUCAGCAAAGUCGACCAACACAUCGCAGUUCAUUUAAUGUAUAUUUUUAUUCUUAGUGUGACAUUCGCUGGAUUGAUUGCCGAUUCGCGAACACUUGUGGAGAGAGCCCAAAUCGAAGCUCAGAAUUUCUGGUUCACCUACAACAGAAAAAUCCGAGUGGAAGAUGUGACUCAAUCCGUAGCCAAUCUUGCUCUUCAGUUUGGAGAUGAUGACGUGAAGGCGUCUAUGUCUCGCCCAUUCGGAGUCGCUAUGCUUUUCGCUGGAGUCGAUCAGGAAGGUGCUAAACUGUUCCAUCUCGACCCAUCGGGAACAUUCAUUGACUGCAAGGCUAAGUCGAUUGGUGCCGCUAGCGAUGGAGCCGAGCAGAAUCUCAAAGAACAGUACCACGACGCUCUGACUAUCAAAGAAGGUCUCAAAAUGGCACUAGCAAUUUUGAAGCAAGUGAUGGAGGAGAAAUUGAACUCCGCUAACGUCGAAGUCGUUGUCAUCAAACCAACUGUCGAUGGCAAUGGACGUCCGAUUGGCGACUUCACAAGAGUUUCCAACGAGGAACUCGAUCAAGUCAUCUCUUCUCUUUAG